CAUCUCCUCAAAGCCCACGCGAGGCUCUAAUCAAAACAUUAACAUCUAAGCUAGCUAACUAUUCUAGCUAGCUAAGUUAGCUGGCUAGCUUCGAAUCAAAAUACAAUUGAUACAGUAACGUAUCUUUACUGGGCUUUAAAUGGCAGUAAAAUAAUUAAACUGUCUUGUUUGUGUUUCCAGAAACAGUAAAUUUGAUAGCUGGUAAGCUAACAUUAGCAGGACAUCUGUUUCGCCUCUCGGGUCCUGCACAAUCGGAGAGGCAGUCAUGUCAGGCAUCAAGAGGAAAAUAGAAGAUAAUGAUCCUGAUUAUGAGGACAUCUCAUUGGUCCAGGAGAGCAAGCGAAACAAAGUCGUGGAACACAAUGCUCGUGAAGCAACAGUACAGAAGAUUGAGGCUAUCAUCAAAGAACAAUUCUCCUUGGAAAUGAAGAAUAAAGAGCAUGAGAUUGAAGUGAUCGGACAGCGUCUGAAUGAAGCCAGGAGGAUGAUGGACAAGCUUAGAGCCUGCAUAGUGGCCAACUACUAUGCCAACGCUGGCCUGCCAAAGCUCUCUGAGCAGGCCUCCAAGAGUGACCCCGCCGUGCUGAACCACCCAGCCAUCAGGCGCUUCCUGGACCCCCCCUCGCGCUCUUCCUCGCCUCUCAACCACGGCUCGGACGCCACCUCCCAGGGGCCCUCGGAGUCCGAGUCGCUGUCCCAGCAUGGAGAGGGCCCCGAGAGGGACGGAGACGGGUCCUGGAGGGGCGACGGGGAUCGUCCGGAGGCCAGGCCUGGGCGCAACACCGGGAAAGACACGUUUGGCGUCCCUGCGUCAGGAUCAGGAGAGCACAGGGUGACCUACCUCACCACAGGAGACGAGGCCUCCAGACUAUACGUGAAGAAGACCAUUGUAGUUGGGAAUGUCUCCAAGUACAUCCCUCCUGACAAGCGAGAAGAGAAUGACCAGUCCACCCAUAAGUGGAUGGUGUACGUCCGAGGGUCCAGGAGAGAGCCCAGCAUCGACCACUUUGUCAAGAAAGUCUGGUUCUUUCUGCACCCCAGCUACAAGCCCAACGACCUGGUAGAAGUCUGUGAGUCUCAGUUCCACCUAACUCGUCGCGGUUGGGGGGAGUUUCCCGUCCGGAUCCAGAUUCACUUUAAAGAUCCCCGCAACAAACGCAUCGACAUCAUUCACCACCUGAAGUUGGACAGAACCUAUACAGGCCUGCAGACCCUUGGGGCAGAAACGGUGGUGGAUGUGGAGCUUCACAGGAACUCUCUAGGGGAGGACUAUCUCCCUGUUCCCUCGUCAUCCUCCAGGGCUCACCGGGCCCCCAGCCCCUCUUCCCCCUGCUCCCUGGCCCAGACCCCAGGCCCUGUGUCUGGACGCGCCGUCUCCCCAGAGCCCCUCUCACAGGACCCCCACCCUUCCACAGAGAAAGGUCUGGCCAUCAAAGCAGAGGCACCAAGACCUGCAGGAGGGCACGCAGCGCCCCCCGCCCCCGGCGAACGCACCCCAACCAGGCCCAGAGGAACAGAAAUGAUCACCCUGGGUUCCCAUGGCAACUCGGCCUUCCAGCCAAUCACGGCGAGCUGUAAGAUCGUUCCCCAGGGACAGGCGCCCAGCCCGGCCGAGUCCCCUGGGAAAUCAUUCCAACCAAUCACCAUGAGCUGCAAGAUUGUGUCAGGUUCUCCCAUCUCCACCCCCAGCCACUCUCCCCUGCCCCGCCUCCCCACCUCCUCCACCCCUCUCCACGCCAAGCAGGGCUCCUCCAUGCUCAACAACCCCUACAUCAUCGUCGACAAACCCGGUCAGGUCAUUGGCAUGGCAACCACUUCUGCUUCCUCCACAGGAAGCCCCUCAGCCAAGCUGCCAGGAUCCCAUGGAACUCGCUCGCCCGCUCCUAAACUACACACUAGCAGCUUCCUGCCCUCUGGGGUCAAGGUCAUUAUCAAGCAGGAGCCGGGGGAGGUUCCCACGCAGCAGCAGCAGCAAAUGGUUUCCAUGGUAACGGCCCAGCAGCAGCAGCCCGCCGCCACGGCAACGCAGCAGUUUGUCGCAUUGAAAGGAGGUCACGUGAUCUCCAUGUCGCCCCAGAAACAGGCGGGAGGGGCGUCGGGAGCAGGGGCCACGUCCAGCAAGGUGCUGGGUGUCCCUGUGGGCUCGGCCCUCCAGUCUGCUGUCAAACAAGUGGCCAUCAGCAGCGGACAGAUCCUGGUCGCCAAAGGCAACCCCUCCGUCUCCAAGGUGAUGGCCGGCAAGCAGGUGGUCGCCCAAGGCGUGGCCAAGGCCAUCGUCAGCGGAGUGGCCAGCAGCCUCGUGGGGCAGCAGGUGGUUGCCAAGGCAACGGGAUCCGCGGGAGGAAGUGGAAAGAGUGGAGUGAUGGCUACCCUCCAGCUGCCUGCCAACAACCUGGCCAACCUGGCCAACCUGCCCCCGGGCACCAAGCUGUACCUGACCACCAACAGCAAGAACCCCUCAGGGAAGGGCAAGCUGCUGCUCAUCCCCCAGGGAGCCAUCCUGAGGGCCUCCAGCUCAGCAGGUCAGCAGUCUCAAGGCAGCUCCUCCACAGGUUCCACUGGCUCCCACACCUCCUCCUCCUCCAGCAGUCUGCCCUCCAACCUCUCCUACACUUCCUACAUUCUCAAACAGACCCCACAGGGCACCUUCCUGGUUGGCCAGCCGGCCUCGCAGGGCUCAGGAAAGCAGAGCACAUCCAGCUCUGCGGGUCACACUGUGUCGUCCCCGGCAACCGGCACCCAGCAGGCUAUCCGGGUCACGGCAGGACAGAAGGCGGCCAUCUUGGCUCAGGUCGUGGGCGGGUCCCAGGCAUCCCAGGUGAAGCUGUCGGAUGGCUCGGUGAAGACGGUUACCUCGGCAACGGCGGCUCACCUCUCCAAGCCGGGCACGACCACGCUGAGGAUGACGGGCGGCGUGAUCACAGCCACCAGCUCCACCCCAGCUGCCUCUGCUGCCGUGGCAACCGCCACUCAACAGGCUACUGAUGGUGUCAAGCCCGUAUCCCAGCAACACCCUGUUCUCGUGGCAGCCAAUCAGGCGGCAGUGAUCAACGCCGCCAAGAACGCCGCUGCCGCCAGCUCCAUGGCGAAGAGCGUCGCGGCAACCGUCUCCCUGGUGAAGGGCUCCAGCGGCGCCGGGGCGGUAACCAUGACGAAGAGCGCCUCGGCAGCAUCCGGCGCUGUCGUCACGGUCGCCAAGAGCGUCGCCAGCAUGCCCGUCAUCAGCCUGUCCAAAGGGGCGGGGUCAGUGGUGGGUGUGUCCAAGAGCUCCAGCACGUCAUUGGUCACCGCGGCAUCGCUGGUCAGUGGGAUGGCGGCAGCGGGAGGGAAGACUGGUACAACUCUCUCAGGGAUGUUGAAGAUCCACCCUGCAGGACCCAGCACCCAGCCUACGGUGCUCACCAUCCCAGCCAACCAGCUCAAGCAGCUGGGCGUGGGCUCCGGCCCCGGAGCCGCCCAGACCAUCCUCAUGCCUGUCAGCAAAGUUGUCCAGUCCAGCUCUGUGUCUAAAGGCCCAGGCUCCGGUCCCCUCCCCCCCUCCACCACCACCCCAGGAGCAGCAGGCGUCUCCCCAGGCAGUGCUGCUCCUGCCCAGGCCUCCCCCCUCUCCCUCUCCCUGCCUCUGGCCCAAGUGAAGACUGAGCCAGGCGGCAGCACUCCGGUCAGCGCGGUCCCGUCUCCCACCGUCCCGGCCCCCGGCCCCCCCUCCUCUUCCACCCCCGCUCCUGCCCCCGCCACCACCGCCAUCGUCAAGAUGGAGCAGGGGGCCGACACCACCACGCACGAGAUCAACACGGAGCACAUAGAGAACAUGAUGCAGCUGCUCACCGCCGUCAUGAAGAAACUACCUCUCAUCUUAGAGAAGACUGAAGACUCCCCUGCCUUCUGCGCCUCCUCUGUUGAGCAGUACUACUCCUGGAACAUCGGGAAGAGGCGGGCCUCCGAGCUUCAGAGGGCAGUGGCGGUGAAGCGUGUUGUCCAGGACGUGCUGGACCGCGCUCCUCGCCUGCAGGCCCUCACCCCCCCCAAGACCAGAGAGGUGGUGCAGUGGUGCCGGCAGAGGGGCUACACCCCCCCCGACCCUGAGCCCCUGCGCAAGAACGACGAAGAGUCCAUAGAGGACAUCCUCACCCAGAUAGACAACGAGUCUGAGUGCCCGUCCACGCUGGGCAGCUGUGAGGAGGUGGUGCAGAAGCUGGAGCAGAUGCAGAUCCUGCUGAAGACGGAGCCCGAGGACGGCCACAACGAGCUGGUGGACAUCACCAGCUUCACCCCGCCCACCCGGAGGCCCAAGGUCAAGGAGGAGGAGCAGGAAGCCGACCCGGAGCCCAAGUACUUCCUGCCCCCCUGCCCCUCCACCCAGUUCAUCAGUGAGACGGCACAGCAGAUCGGAGUGGCCUUUCAGCCGGUGGAGGUGGAGAAGAGUGUGUUUGCUCCAGUGAUUGAGGCCAUGAUUCUGAAGGCCACGGAGCAGUUUGCUAGUGACAUCCUGAGAGAAUCUCUAGCUGGGGCCUUUGUCAGAUCUGGACAGAACAGGGUGCCUAGGGAGAUCACAGCCAUGAAUGUCCACCAGGCGCUGAGCAGCAUCCCGUCAUGUGACUUCCUGACCAACACUCACAUGGGCUACCUGACCCUGGACGGUGGUCACGGCAACUGAGCCCCCCUCCCGUCUGCCUGAAACUCCAUCUUAUGAUUGGGACACCACCAUGAAGGAGGAACUGAGGGGGGCCACGGAACUCUUAACUACCCCAUCAUCGUCAUCGUUCUAACUGGGCCUUCUCCUCUCGCGAGUUCAUCUUGACAGUCUUGAGCUGUUUCCGCUGACUGUUUCCGCUGACUGUUUUCGCUGACUGUUUCCGCUGACUGUUUCCGCUGAAUGUUUUCACUGACUGUUUCCGCUGACUGUUUCCACUGACUGUUUCCGCUGACUGUUUUCACUGACUGUUUUUCCUCCCAGAAGUGCCCUGCGUGGUCCUGUAACGCCAGUGAAGGUUGAAGAGGGGGGACCU